UACUACCAAGUCGACCUCGGCAACUCGUCCGACACCCAGUUCGCCUACGACCGUGUGAAGAGAGAGGUUGGCCACCCGACCGUCCUGAUUAGCAAUGCCUGCCUUGCGCAUAGCUUCGCCAUCAUGGAGAGCAGCUACGACGACAUAAUUCGCACUAUCGCAACCAACCUGACCUCCACGUUUCUCCUGGCGAACGAGUUCGUCCCCGAGAUGACCCGGAACAACCGCGGCCACAUCAUCACCGUCUCCAUGGGCGACCACACUCGCGAGGUAGGCUUCGCUGGCUACUCUGCCGCUAGGGUCGGCAUCUCAGAACUUCACGAGAUUCUCCGUAUGGAACUCACCUCUCACGACGCGCCAAAGGUGCGCCUCACCAACGCCACGUUCAAUCUUUUGCGAUCACCGCUUGUUAAGGACAAGUCGAGAAUAGCGAACUUCUUCAGUCCUCAACUGCACCUUGAGACUGCAAGCCAGUCGAUUGUCGACGUCAUCUUUAGUGGCUACGGCAAGACUAUCGUCCUCCCCGAGUCGAUGCGCUACUCCUCCGCCCUGGUGAGAGACUUUUCAUCAAGUGGCCUAUAA